CAGUGCUGUCACAUGACUACAAAACACUUCCUGUUUGUGACAAAGGAGGCGAUUGAUCGCUGGUGUCUAACCAACCUGUUGUGGUUUUUAAUAGUCAUGGAUCCUAAAGCUUGGUUUUAUAUAUGUGCGCUGAUUGUACGAGGUUAUCUCCCACUUUCCGCUCUUCCGAUCGCGGAUCGUUCAUGGCAUGUUAACACGGCCGUCGUCGGUAAAUUCUGGCACAUUUCGGAUUUGCAUUUGGAUCCAAGCUAUCACCUCACAGAGGACCGCACCAAGGUCUGUCUGUCCUCCAAGGGCUAUCCGGCCUCUGAUCCUGGCGACUUCGGGGACUUCUUCUGCGACUCCCCUUACCAGCUGAUCCUGUCGGCUUUCGAUUUCAUGAAGCAACAGCCCCAGCAAACGGAUUUCAUUAUAUGGACUGGCGACAGCCCCCCCCAUGUUCCUGUGGACGAGCUCUCCACAGACCUGGUCAUACAGAUCAUCAGGAACAUGACUGACACCAUCAGGAAGUUCUUUCCAAACCUCCCUGUCUACCCUGCUCUUGGUAACCAUGACUACUGGCCUCAGGAUCAGUUGCCAGUGUCCACUAGUAAGGUUUACCAGGCUGCGGCUGACUUGUGGGAACCUUGGUUGAUUCCAGAAGCUUUAAAAACCUUGAGAGAAGGUGGCUUUUACUCCCAGCUGGUCCAGCCCGACCUGCGCCUGGUGAGCCUGAACACGAACCUCUACUACGGACCCAACAAAGCGACGGUGAACGUCAGCGACCCGGCUGGCCAGUUCAGCUGGUUGGUGGAAACCCUGGAGAGAUCUCGAGCAAGCAAAGAGAGGGUCUACAUCAUCGCUCACGUUCCGGUUGGUUACCUGCCGUACGCCAUCAACACCACCGCCAUGCGCGAAGUCCACAACGAGAAGCUGGUGGAGAUCUUCCGAAACUACAGUGACAUCAUAGCCGCUCAGUUCUAUGGCCACACCCACAGAGACAGUGUCAUGGUCCUUCAGGAUGACCGAGGGAAUCCCCUGAAUUCAGUCUUUGUCACUCCGGCUCUCACUCCGAUAAGAAGUGCAGCAGAACCUUACUCAAACAACCCAGGCUUGCGUGUGUACGAGUAUGAUCCGCAGGAGUUUACUAUUGUCGAUCUCUUUCAGUACUUCCUGAAUCUCACAGAAGCCAAUCGAGAGAAACGGCCAGACUGGAGGCUUGAAUACACCAUGACAAAGGCCUUCCACAUGAAAGACGUCCGGCCACAGAGCUUGCUGCGACUCGCCGAGAGUUUCACGGCACCGCAGAGCGACGCUUUCGACAAGUACUUUAAUCACUUUAUGGUGAGCUACAAUGACACUGUUGUUUGCCAAGGAAUCUGUAAGAUAAUUCAAGUGUGCUCUGUGCAGUUCUUGGACCAAGCCUCCUACUCUCAGUGUAUUAAAGGCAAGGCGAAAACAGAAGGAAUAGAUUAUAAUGUUUUGUGAUAAAGGACCAAAGGAGGAGUGGAGAAAAAUGAACGAGCCGCUAACAGAAUAAUGAUUUUAAAGUUUCUAUUUUUAUAGCAGAGGGGAAUGAAAUGCAUUAUACAAGAUUGGGAAAUCAGAAUUGUCCAUCAUCCAAGUGAACAUCUUGGAUGCUUUGUGGGGCUAU